AUGGCAAGUUCUAGUCCGAGCGUGUGGGUGUUAUUUGAUGGUGAUGGCCCGAAGAAACCUCGAGCCUGUGUACCUUGCAACGCACGCAAGGUCCGAUGCGAUGCUGGAGCAGUUGGAGCGCCGUGUAGCCAGUGUACCCGACGCAAGCGAACAAGUGAUUGUAUCUUGAUGCCUCCUCCCUCCAAAAAGGCCAAAAGCCAAGUCUCUUAUGCUCAGAAACCCAUCGAGUCUGCACCUUUUUUGAGGCCAACAGAGCGUCAGGAUCCCACAGUUCCUAGUAAUGUCGAGUCUACAUCUAGACGAAAGUCGGACAGGCUCCAACGGCAUUCCGACGAAGAAUCGCAGAACAAUUGGACCCCCAGCACUUCGUUCUCCCCUUCAUCCCGGCAACGGGUUGACGGGGCCAACAGGUCACAUUUGAGCGUCCAAGAAAGCCCUGUAGUGCCUGAUGAAGAUACCUGCUUACAGGUUUUCCGAGAGAUGUCACGGUGGGAGACCACUGCCGAAUCUGAAUCCCCAUCGGCUCCUCGCCUCCAGGCCGGGAAUCGAGAGGUGGUGGAGUAUCAAGGGGCCACAAACUCAAUCACCAUUCUCGGUGAGGUUCUCGCCCCCAGACACCCAAGGAGACUUGUUCGCAUUCAUCUGAGGGACUCGGGCCAAAAAGCAAACCAAUAUGACGCUCUGGAUGGCCUGGAAGUCGCCGAUCGUGAAUUUCUACGAGUGAAGGGGGCGUUAAGCCUCCCCGACACAGAGAUUUGUGACCAACUUCUCAAGACUUACUUCGAAUGCGUGUAUCCAUUCGCGCCUGUUGUCGACCGGAGCCAGCUGAUGAGAGAAUAUACGACUGGGGUUCCUUCUUUGUUUAUCAUGUACUCGAUAUUUGCCAAUGUGGCACCCUACACGCCUCUCUCCUUCAUACAUCACAUGGGCUUCUCGGACCGACUUUCUGCACAAAAGUCGUUCUUUUCAAAAGCUAAGCUGUUGUAUGACUUUGGCUGUGAGAAAGUACAACUACGACUGCUACAGGGCACCCUGAUACUCAGCUCUUUCAUUUUAACCUACGCGAUGGAUAACGACUAUCGGUUCUGGCUAAGCAAUGCAGCUAGGCUAGCGACCCAGAUGGGCCUUCAUAGGAACGGCAUGGUCAAAGAAUUGGAACCGUCUUCCCGAAAGCUAUUUCGCAGGAUUUGGUGGGUCCUAUAUAACAGAGAUGUGAUCUUGGCGGUUACCGGACUUAAUAACGUUCGGAAACUUCACGACGAUGACUGUGAUGUUUCACCGCUGACGGUCGACGACCUGGGAGAAGAUACAUGGGACAAUGAAGGUGAUAUGGGUGGCAGCGAAGCUUUGCCACCCAUCUCUGAACUACAGAAACAGUAUAUCAUAGAGAACUGCAAGUUGUCCAUCCUUGGGAGCCAGUUCGUCAAUGCAUUUCGAAAGCCAGGAAAAGCACCAUCAGCUUCAUUCAUUGCAGAGUUUGCUGGCAGUCUUGUUGAGUGGAGAAGGGCUUUACCAACGGAACUACGUAUUGAAUCUGUGCAAGAGUGGUCAUCAUCGAAUGUGUGGAUCAUCAUACUUCUCGCGACCAGCUACCACCUCGAAGCUAUAUUCUGUCGAGCACAGCAUGAGCUACACCGCCACAAAGAUCAAGCAAUGAUGGAGCGGGCAAUCAAACGACAACAAAGCGCUAUGUACGAGCUGGGAACGAUCAUUCAGCGAGCGUCACUACACGACGUGAUUCGUUUCUGUCCAUUAUCUUUCAUGACAUGCGCGUCAACGAACUUGGCCAUGUACAUUGAGUCAGCUUUAGACGCAGCCACUACCGAAGAUAAGAAGCUUUCCAUCAAGACACAGAUCCAUGCUGGACUUGCGUCAUUAAAGGAAGGGAGCGAGCAUUGGAGUAGCAUCAAGUGGACGCUACGAAUGUUUGAGGCUAUUGUCGCGCGCACCGGCCUCUCUCUGACACAACAGGGACCUGAGCAGACGAGUCAAUCUCAACUCAAUAUCACAUCCAUGAUCCCCCUUGCGCCAGCCAACUAUGAGUGGUUCAACAGUAGCAGCCCAGCAGGUGGAGAUCUUCCGGAUGUGUUACUAGAUUUUGACGCCGCUGGAAAUCUCGGGACCGUCUAUGGCAGUGAUACUCAGGAUUGGAUGCAAGACUUUCUGGGCACCGGCUCCUACGACUUCUCUGCAUGA